AACAAAUAAACAAAAGGAAAUAAUGAUCAAACAAACAGGAGACUCGUGAUUAUAUAAAAACCAAAGCUGCUCUUCAUUUCGACUGUCUACAGCGAUCGGAGGAACUCGAGUAUCUUCUCUGGUUUUGAUAUCAAUCGUAUCAAAUAUCUCGCGGAAAUGAACGACUCAGAUGUCUCCAAGCAGAUCCAGCAGAUGGUGCGGUUUAUCCGCCAAGAAGCCGAGGAGAAAGCCAACGAGAUCUCCGUUUCCGCUGAAGAAGAAUUCAACAUAGAGAGGUUACAGUUGGUGGAGGCAGAGAAGAAGAAGAUCAGGCAAGAGUAUGAGCGGAAGGAGAAGCAAGUUGAGAUUCGAAAGAAAAUUGAAUACUCCAUGCAGCUCAAUGCUUCUCGGAUAAAAGUCCUUCAAGCUCAAGAUGACUUGGUUAAUUCCAUGAAAGAUGCAGCAGCAAAGGAGCUUCUGAAUGUGAGUCGUGAUCACCAUUCAUAUAAAAAGCUUCUGAAGGAACUUAUUGUUCAGAGUUUGUUGAGACUGAAAGAGCCUGCAGUCUUGCUGCGUUGCCGUGAAGAUGACCAAUAUUUGGUGGAAUCUGUUCUGGACUCAGCGAAGGAGGAAUAUGCUGAAAAAUUAAAUGUCCGUCGACCAGAGAUUGUAGUGGAUACUCGUGUCUAUCUUCCACCUGCCCCUACCCAUUAUAAUGCCCAUGGUCCAUACUGCUCGGGAGGUGUAGUGCUUGCUUCUCUUGAUGGGAAGAUAGUCUGUGAGAAUACACUUGAUGCACGAUUGGAUGUUGUAUUCCGCAAAAAGCUUCCAGAGAUCCGAAAGCGGCUCUUUGGUCAAGUGUUUGCAUGAUGGUUCGGUUUAUUCUAUGGUUCCAUUUGUUUGGUCAUUGACAGUAGAAUCUUUAGUACCAUUUAUUUGGUGAAUUACAGUUUCAGGUUUCCUGCAUAAGUUUAUUUGCAGGGAGGGAUCGUUUUAGUUUGGUGGUCAUAUCUUUGGAGUGUGGCGAGAUACUCCUUUUCAUUUAUACAAAUAAACAUAAAUAAAUCUGAUUUUUAAUUUAUUUUUCUUUUUUGUUGAUUUUUGAGGAUGAUUUUAGUUGGUAUUUGAAAUAAGAACUGAUCGGACAGAAACAAAUACUCUUAUGUUUAUCAGAGUUCUGGCUCAGCCAAACUAGCCCUUUA